UUCGGUUUGGAAACAUCCUAUUUGUCCUCUUUGGUAUACACUUGCUGUUAUGUUUGUGCUUAUUUAUUUAUUUAGAGGUACAGCGCAGAACAGGUCCUUAUGACCCUUUGAGUCACAUUGCCAUCAAUGCACUGAUUUAACCCUUGCAUAAUCAUGGGGCAAUUUCCAAUGACCAAUUAACUAACCAGUAUGUCUUUGGAAGGUGGGAGGAAAUCGGAGCACCAGAGGAAACCGACACAUUCCCCAGGAAGGAUAUGCAAAUUCCUUGCAGAGAAAGCCAGAAUUGAACUCUGAAUUCUGAUGUCCCUAUCUGUAAUAGCAUUGCAAUAACUGCUAAGCCAUCAUGAUAACGGCUGUGACAUACUUAUCUGUCUGUGUAAUUGAGUGUUUUUAACUCAAAAAAAAAUUGAGUUGAUGAUGAUGCUGACUGCUGCUCUAGUCAAGGAGGGGAUCUUACAGCAGAGGGAGAGAAGCGUUACUGAUCUGUCAUGACGCACUUGGUCGUUGGACAAUGACUGGUUACACCCUGGGCUGACAGCAGGAAAUGACCUAGAGGCCUUAGCAAUACGUUAGUGCUUUCCUGCUUCAGCUGGCUGCAGAGUACAUAAUCAAUCUGGACACACCACUUGUUUCCGCUGCCGAGCUCACACUACCUCAACAAGAAUAAAAAGCUAACACGUCUGAAGGAGAGGAGGAGGCUGUCAAAUCCGCAGAGGUUACAGACAGGGCUCCCAGUAGUUUGUUUCAGAGUUGAGGCUGCAAGUCCACAUCCAAGUGAGCAACGUUUGACCGACUGGAUCUGUCAAAAAUUCUUUUGAAGGGCUUGAACUGUAUCCGGGACAGAAGCAAUGUGGACAGCGUUGAGUGAUCAUCCAAGCACUGAAUAGCUGAUAUUUUAAAUUUAACUUUCGCUGUUGAUCAGUGUCUUAAUCCAUUUUGUAGUUUGAAUUUUUUUUUAAGUGCUGCUUUGUAGAACUAUUUCGGCUUCCGUGUAUUGAAGCAAGCAAGAACGCUCAUCAACUGCACACAACUCCGUCAUAGCAGUGGACAGCCCAGUAGCAGUAACUGGUUAGCAAAUACCCAUUUCAUCUGGGUUAAGUCUCCUUUACCUACCAGCCUAUUUCUUUUGGAAUGAAAUGGCACUGAUUCUUCCAAUUGGACAUUCUAGUUGGCUUUAUCGUAAUUAUUGGGACACUGUGAAGUACUAUUAGACUCUUUCUUUCCAUGUGUUGCUGGCUAACUCUGAGUAGCAGCAGCAGCUGAUGAACGUGCGGGUCAGGUACAGCACACCUGGGCAGGUUCUGAAGGAUUCCUUCUUUAUUUGCCGUUCCUCACGCAACUGGCUGCAGCAGGGCUGCACCGAACACACGAGGCCAGUGCAGUGGACAAAAACCCUUUUGUUCUCCUGAACUGACUUUCCGGGAUUUUGUGCAUGUGUAGAAAUGUUUGCCUUUGUUUGCACUCUGGAGCUGAAAUCAUGCCCUUGAGACUCUACUCGUUGGCAGGACCUUCUGUGUUCAAAGUUGUUUGGGAAGUUUGACAGUAAGGAAAGAGCUACCUUGACCAGACUUCUGCGCAGUGAAGGGCGAGGCUGCAGAAGCUCCACUGUCACUUAUGUAUUGUUGCAGUGCACAGGAAAAUAAGAUGGACUACAAGCGUCGGUUUCUGCUUGGCGGGUCCAAGCAGAAGAUGCAGCAGCACCAGUACCCGAUGCCUGAGCUGGGCAGGACUCUGAGUGCACCGCUCACAUCCCCCACGGCAGUGCCAUCGCUGACACCUGCCACCUCUGCCAACUGCUCCAACCCUGUGUCCCCCACCACCCAAGUCGCCGACAUCCAGCAGGGCAUCUCCAAAUACUUGGAUGCACUGAAUGUGUUCUGUCGAGCCAGCACCCUCCUCACCGACCUCUUCAGUAGCGUUUUUCGGAGUUCGCAUUAUUCCAAAGCUGCUAUGCAACUGAAAGACGUGCAGGUACAUGUCAUGGAGGCAGCAAGCAGGUUGACAGCUGCAAUCAAGCCAGAGAUUGCGAAAAUGCUAAUGGAACUGAGUGCGGGCACAGCAAACUUCAAGCAUCAGAACGACUUCAGUCUUCAAGAUAUUGAGGUGCUGGGCCGGUGCUUCCUGACCGUCUUGCAGGUCCACGUCCAGUUCCUAACCCAAGCGCUGCAUCGAGUCCAGCCAGUCGCCCACUCGUGCCUGGCAGAGGCCCAGGCCCAGGAGAGGAAGAGUGCCGCAGGCGCUGAGGCAGUGAAGGUUGGCCGUGCAAUGGAGCUGGAUGAGGCUGUGAGGUCCUGGGGAGGAGCCUCUGAGGCCACCUCGCGCUUACGUGAGAGGGGAAGUGAUGGCAGCCUGGCCGGUCUUGAAGUUCAGCAAUUGUUCUGUUCCCAGACCACGGCGAUUCCUGAGCACCAGCUGAAGGAUCUGAAUGUGAAAAUCGACAGUGCCCUGCAGGCUUACAAAGUGGCUUUGGAAAGCCUGGGUCACUGUGAAUACGCCAUGAAGGCUGGAUUCCACCUAAACCCAAAAGCCAUUGAGGCUUCAUUACAGGGCUGCUGCAACGAGGCUGAGGUGAAGCAAGCAGGAAGGAGACAGUAUCCUGCCCAGCCAUUACAGUGUGAACUCCCCACUGUGCCUGUGCAGAUCGGACCCCACUUCCUCAAGGGGGUCUCCUUUGGCGAGUCCGGAGCCGAGAAUCUGAAGCUGAAGAUGCAAGCAAUGGUGCAGCUCAUCAAGGAGGCAGCUGGGCAGAACGAGGUCUCCCCACGUGACGAGUCCCCGACAGAAAUCCUCAAUCAGGUCUGUCCGUCAACCUGGCGUGGUGCUUGCAAGACGGCUGUGCAGCUGUUGUUCGGGCAGGCUGGGCUGGUGGUGGUGGACACGGCACAGAUUGAGAACAAGGAAGCUUAUGCUCCACAGAUCAGCCUGGAGGGUUCCAGGAUCGUGGUUCAGGUACCUUCUACGUGGUGCCUGAAGGAGGAUCCUGCCACCAUGUCUCUGCUGCAGAGGUGCCUGGAUCCAGAGAAAACACUAGGACUGGUGGAUGUGUUGUACACGGCUGUUUUUGACCUUUCCAAGUGGAAAGAGCGAAGGGAGCAGGCACUGCCAAGCAUUCAGAUCCAGCUGCGGCGAGAGUGUGCUGACUUUGGGGGCCAUGUGGAUCUCCCGGCGGGGAAUGGGGCAAUGGUGAAGUCACCAGGAGGGCUGCAGAAGACCUUUGCCAAGCUGACCUCCCGUUUCACCAAGCGAGGGUCGUGUAGCAGCAGUAGUAGCGGCAGCAGCAGUGGUGGCGCCGGGAGCUUCUCCAUCCCCAGCACCCCGUCCAAGGGCAACUUCUGCCUCGGUGGAUCUGAGGAGGAGCGGAAAGGGAAGCUCGCUGGCCACUCGGACCUAAGGCUACAGAGCAUCCUGAACAUCGGACACUUCCCGAAGACCGCCGAGUCCCAGGAAGUCACCCGAGGCACAGGCAGCCCCAUGGUCAAUGGCUUCUCACUGGACAAGAGGGAGGCCUUCCUGAAAGGCGACGACAGCAAGGACGACCAGGGCAUCAAGCUACCCAGCGACCAGGAGAUGCAGGAUGUCAUUGACUUCCUCUCCGGUUUCAACAUGGGCAAAUCCCAGCAGGCAUCACCUCUCGUCAACCGGAGGAAUUCUGCCCCGGUGCCUGAGCAGAAGGGGCCCACCCUGCAGCAGACGCAGGCUGCGCCGCACACCCCGCUGCCGACAUCCCAGCAGCUGCAGCAGCAGCCACCACCAUUGCAAAAACCGCAGCUGCAGUAUUACCAGCACCUCCUGCAGCCCAUUGGGCAGCAGCCCCUGGGUCCCCGCGCUGCCGGCAAAUGGCCCAACAGCUCCCCACAGCUGAGCUCGGGAGCGGGGCUUUCUCCAAUGGGGCCGCUAGGCCAGUGGAACAACCCAGCCACGCACUCAGACUUGGGCUCGGACUUGUACAGCCUGGGUCUCGUGGGUAACUACAUGGACAGCGUCAUGGACAAUGUCAUGUCGGACAUGUUAGGCCCAAAGGUGGCCAACACCAGGAACAACACCUGGCCCAACCGGGUGCAGAGUGAUGGCGUCUUCGGAAUGCUGGGAGACAUCCUGCCCUUUGACCCCGCAGUGGGCUCGGACCCCGAGUUUGCCCGAUAUGUGGCGGGCGUGAGCCAGGCUAUGCAGCAGAAGCGGCAGUCGCAGCAUGUCCGACGACACAGCACCGCCAGGACCAACUGGCCCGUCUCCGAGGAGGCUCACCGGCCGUGGCAGGCUCCCGAGUUCUUCACCGAGGGGGACGUGAUGAGCUGGUCAGGGACGCAGGGAGACUCGGCCAGUUCCAGCGAUGAGGCGUCUUCUGCUAAUGGAGACAGUUUAUUCUCCAUGUUCUCAGGGCCUGACCUUGUUGCUGCUGUCAAACAGAGAAGAAAACACAGCAGUGGCGAUCAAGAAUCUUCUACUUUGCCUUCUCCUCCUGUCUUAUCCACACUCGAUGAUCUUAGCCAGGAUAACAAGACCAAGACGUGGCCUCCAAAAGCCCCGUGGCAACAUCUGGCGUCCCUCAGCAACACAAUGCCGAAUCCAGGCAGCUCCCUGUACCAGAUGACCAGCCCCAGCACACAGUGGAAUGAGUCGAUGCAGAUGCUGCAGUCCACCGUGUGGUCCACAGGCACGGACAGCUCCCCUUCUCCUGGGAUCUCGUCCACCUUCUCCUACAACCAGCAGCAGUCACAGCAGCAGCAACAGCAACAAGCUUCCCAGCAUAAACCGAUGAACAAGGGCUUUAAAUCCUAUCCCAUGAAGCAGGAGAGGAGACAGUCCUAUCUGCACCAGUACUGAGACUCGGGAAGUAACAAACUCCCCGACCUUAUGGAGCCGGGGUUCUGUAUUCUAGUGAAAAGCUGUACAGUUCUGGAUGAGGUGCGGUGCCUGAGUGUCUCGGAGGAGGGUGGGGGAGCGGGAGGGUUCCUGGUGCUUUGUCUGCACAGCAAGUGUGGGCCAGGGGCAGCAGGCUGCCAUCCCCUCUUGUGUUGCGACUGGGAGACUGCCGUCCAUUGAACCACGUACGUGCCGUGCCCCUCACUCGGCAUCCUUUACCGAGGUUGACACCAGCCAUUGAGCCUUUUUCCUACCAACAGGCACCUGGCUUCCAGCUUGAGCUGGAGCUCUUCGAGGCCCCCUUCACUGGGGUGCCUGGAGCAUUGUACUCGGGGGCCAAAGGGCUGCACUGACCACCAGACAUCCAGGAAGCGGGCUGGGAUACACUUAACCACUUGAAGCAGCUAGAGUAGCUUUUUUAAAAAAAAUUGAACACCACUAGGUUGAAGUUACAGCAGGAACUUGCUUACUUAGUUAAGCCCAUCACUCCUACUGGAGCAGAGCCCACCGAUAGCAGCUCACGAGAGUCCUCUGUCCUGGGCCAGUCUUUCAUGUUGUCUCCAGGGGUAGCCAUCUUCUUGGUGUAUCCUUCCUCUCCCAGAAGUGAGGUCUUUGGAACUUGCAUCGCUGUUUUGUAGCUUUGGGAUUUUACGGGAUGGGAUUGCUAACCCCAUGCCCAACCCCUCCUCCUUUUGCAGCUGGGCUUGGGACUGUCAAUAGAGGAGUUUACAGCAAAAACCUAACACCCUCAUGUCUCCAUCCGAAAUCCAAGGUCUGGUGUCAUCGCCAAGGGAAUAUCCAAUAUUUGUUUAAAGUACAAAUGACUCAUGGCAUGACCCAAGGGAAACAGACAGCAGGCAGAAUUAUCCCUAACACUGUCCCUCUAUAAAUCCAAUUCUUGUCAGAUUGCAGACACUCGGGGUAGGUGCUGUAACCCUCCCUUCCAGUACUUUUGCUGUUCGCUAGGAUACAUUGCCUUGAGAGAACAGCUUAAUCUUUGUAAUGUUGUGGUGUAGUUGCUGGUUUAAUGUUCUGAAAUGUUGAGUUUUUCCACAUUCUUCACUCUUGAACUUUCCUCCUUGUCCUUUGUGUGUGUGUGUGUGUGUGUGUGUGCGUGUGUGUGCUGCCUCUCUCCACCAGCCUCCCCCACCCCCCCCCCACUCCCAUACCUGUGUACCGCGUUACCUGUGGCUGGAGGUCUGACCCAGUGCAAGCAGUUUACAGGUAUCUCUGUAGAGCGAGGCUAGUCAGAGCAGUAAAGUGUGUGUGCACGCGGUCACAGACGGAGUUCAUCAACAUUUAACACAUUAGUAAAACACAAAUCAUUUGUCACACUCAAGAGAUUCUGCAGAUGCUGGAAGUCCAGAACAGCAGACACAAAAUGCUGGAGGAACUCAGCAAGUCAGGCAGCACCUGUGGGAAUGAAUCAACA